AUGGCAUCCUACAACACCAGGGCGGAGCUUCAUGUCCCCGACACGGCCGACACGAAAGAGGGCUGGUCCUAUCUCUACGCUAAUAUCCCGCUGCUGGUCGUCUGCGCCGCCGUCGUCGCCUUUCGCGUCUGGUGGCGCUGCAUCAAGCACCAUGCCCGACGGCUCACCUGCGCAGACGUUUGCUGCGUCGUCGGCCUCGUCCUGAACGUGAUCCAGGUAGCCUGUGUCUCAAUAGCGAUUGUGCAAUGGGGGCUUGGGCAUCACGCGCCGCACCUCACGCCGGAGCAGCGCUACAACUCGCUCCUCUACUUGUUCGUCUUUCAGUGCCUUGUUCAGAACACGGUCGGACUGUCCAAGCUGUCCCUUCUCUUUCUCUAUCUCGACGUUUUCCCGCAGCACAGCUUCCGGCUCAUUUGCUGGGGCUUGAUUAUACACAUGAGUCUGGGGCUCUUUGCGCUCAAUAUGACGACGAUGCUGCAAUGCCAGCCCGUUUCCUUCUCUUGGGACAAGACUCUUGACGGGCAGUGCAUCAAUAUCAAAGCCUUUUGGUACGCCCAAUCGGGGUGGAACACGUUGAUGGAUGUCGUCGUCUUGCUGCUGCCGGUUCCGCUCGUGGCGAUGCUGCCCAUGAACCGCCGCAGCAGAAUCGGCCUCUUGGUCGUCUACCUCCUCGGAGCCUUCGUUUGCAUCGCGAGCAUCGAGCGCCUCAUCAGCCUCGACUUCAAUGGCACGUUCGCCCAGGAUCUGACCUGGGCAACGGGCACCUCGGUCCUCUGGGCCCAGGUCGAGUCCACCGUCGGCAUCAUCUGUGCCUGCGCGCCCGCUCUCCGCCAGCCCCUCGCCAGCGUCCUGCCGGGGCUCUUUGGCGCCGACAGCGACGGCCCGUACCGGCUGAGCGACACGCCGCGCCCGGCUGCGCUCGCCGGCCACGCCAAGGGUGCCGAGACGAGCGCCGGCCUGGUCGAGACAAGCUGCAGAAGCGAGGGCUGCAGCGCCGAGGACAUUGUCGGCAUCAAGAGGACCGUCAGCGUCGACGUUUCGUACAUUUCGCGACACGGUGAGCCCGGUCUAGACGGCACCACCACUUACCCGGAGCAUCAGUUUGAGCGCCACAUCGUGUAA